UAGGUUAAAAAUAUCCAACUGUUACAACAUUAUCUGCACGCCUAUAUUACUUUUGUGCUCAGAAGGUCAAACGGAUUUGAGGACAAAGAAAAUACAAGACCGCGUGUUCACGAAAAAGGUUGUCGUGCGCAUGCGCAGUAGAAUUUUUGAUCCGCGAUUCUCAGAGUCGGGUUUGGCGCUCUUUUCGUUGCGAUCGUGGUGAAUGGUUGAGUCGAAUUUUGUCAUGAUUUUUCUAUUUUUGUAAAUAAAAUAUGGUUUCGUAAGGUCAACCAAAGCCUUGCCAUUUGUUUGGAACAUCGUCUAUUGUUUGAUGGUUUGCUAAAAAAGAGAUAUUUUAUGGAUACAGGACCAAAUUUACCAAUCACUGCCUCAUUGGUAAAGUUCUUCAAUUCCUGUCCCCUGAUGCACGAAUAAUAUGCGAUAAUGGUUUUGAACAACCACAAUGACGGUACACCUGCUACUGAUGCCUCAAAUUCGCCAGUUGCCGAAAAGCGACUUGGUGCAAUUGCAAUCCAGGAGGAAAAAAUGAAACUCUGCAGUGAGAAUUACACCGAACUCGUCACAGAGUUAUUUUUUCUACAGCAUGGGGGCAACUAUACAGAGUUCGCUCAAUUUAAAAAGCGGCCGUCACAAAAAUUGAUCGACCAUUUACGGCAAACCCCAGUGUUUCCCAAUGGGGAUGGUCGACACAAAUCCAGUGAUGCACGGAAAGCAUCUACUGACAAUGAUAAAUUAAACACCAACAAACCAGAAACAAAGCAGCCAACCGUUUUAUCCGUUGAAACCACACCAGCCGCAAGUUUGAGUGGAAACCGUCCCGCUUACUCUCCCAGCAGGGCUCCAGCAAACCAAGGAUCUGUGCAAAGUUCACCCAAAUUAAAUGACCCCACGCUUCCUGCUUCACCAUCACUUACACAAAGGUUAAAACGACAGUCCCGAAACACAUUAUCCGAUGUAUAUGAAGACACUAUCGGGUCGCAAGAGGAAAUUUUGGAGCGAGCAAAGCAGGAGGCUGUCGUACAGCGUCGGGUGGCUGAACUCCGUAAACAAGGUUUAUGGUCCCAACGGCGACUGCCCAAGGUCCAGGAACCUCCAAGGAACAAAACACACUGGGACUACUUGCUGGAAGAGAUGAGGUGGUUGGCUGCUGAUUUUGCACAGGAGAGGAAAUGGAAAAGAGCAGCAGCUAGAAAGGUUGUUCGUAUGGUCACUGCUUAUCAUAAAGAUGUAAGAGAAAAGGAGAAGAGAGUUGAACGGGAGGGCCAGCAGAAAUUGAGGAGAAUUGCUGCAAACAUGGCAAGACAAAUAAGGAAUUUCUGGUCUAACAUUGAAAAGGUUGUUGAAUACAAACAACGAAGUCUGUUGGACGAGAAACGACAGAAAGCCCUCGACCUUCAUCUGAACUUUAUUGUCGAUCAAACAGCUAAAUACUCGGACUGGCUUUCACAAGGAUUGAACCAACCAUCAGUUGAAGCUAGCCCUUCUGUUUCGAAAUCCGGCUCCCAGGCUGGAAGUGAUGACGACUUCCUUCCACAAGGAGCAUCAAGUGAUGAUGAAGAGACCAUCGCUGUGGAAGAGAAAGAUGUCAAAGAAGAGCAUGUGUUGGAUGAAAUUGCCUUGCUGCAGAAAGAAAGCGAGAUCCCAUUCGAGGACCUACUAUCCCAACUUCCUCCUGAUAUUGUGCAGAAUGUUGGAGCCCCUCUUAUAGAUGCUAGUAAGGAUGAGGACCUGCCAGAGACCAAGAAAGAAGGGGAGCAAAUAAUUGAAGAAACUCUAAAAGAAGAGAGCCCCAAACCACCAGAAGCUACUGAAGAAAGCAAACCUUCACCUGAAAAAGAAGAUCCUACCCCUCAAAAUGAGGAGGCUUUAUCAUCUGAUGAUGAAUCAAACAAACCAACUCCAAUCUCAUUACGAAGAUCAGCGAGAAAGAGGCAGGGAGAUCAGGACACAGAGGAUGAAGAUGCUAAAAGAAGAAAAACUGAAGACAACCAGGACGUUGAGUUUGAUGGAGAAGAUGAAUCUUCCUCGGAUGAUGAGAGGACAUUGAAGGAACAAGAACAAACUGAGGAUGUUGAUCAUGAUAAAGAGAUUGCUGAUCUUCAGGCAGAAAAUGAGCUUCCUAUUGAAGAGUUAAUGAAGAUGUACCAAGGAUAUGGGGAAGGUGGUGAAGAAGAUGCAGAAGAUGAACCAGUGGAGGAAAAGGAGACAGUGGAACCGGAACCGGAACCAGAUGCAAAAGAAGGAUCCGACUUAGGCGAAAGCAGUGAUGAAGAAGCUGGUGAGAAUGAUAAUGAUGAGGAGGAAGAGACGCAUGAGGAGAUUGGGAUGGAUUAUCUUCUUAAAGCGGAUCUUGGUAACAAAGAGAAAGAGAAGGAUGGUGAAGCAGACGCAUCUAAAGUUGAAUCAAGUCCCAACAAAGAAAUCACUGAUGUUGCUGCUGAAGCCAUGAGUUUGCAACCUACCGGCCACACCUUGGCCACAACACAGGUGGUAACUCCAGUUCCAGGUUUACUCAAACAUACCCUCCGUGAGUACCAGCAUAUUGGGUUAGAUUGGUUGGUUACCAUGUAUGUGAAACGUCUCAAUGGAAUCCUUGCUGAUGAGAUGGGGUUGGGUAAAACCAUUCAAACAAUUGCUUUGCUGGCUCAUCUGGCUUGUGAUAAAGGUGUUUGGGGUCCUCACUUAAUAGUUGUUCCAACCAGUGUGAUGCUUAACUGGGAGAUGGAAUUCAAAAAGUGGUGUCCCGGUUUUAAGAUCCUAACAUAUUACGGCUCACAGAAAGAGAGAAAGUUGAAACGAACAGGAUGGACGAAAAGUAACGCCUUCCAUGUUUGCAUCACUUCAUAUAAACUUGUUCUUCAAGAUCAUACAAGUUUUAGACGGAAGAAGUGGAGGUACUUGAUCUUAGAUGAGGCUCAGAAUAUAAAGAACUUCAAGUCACAGAGAUGGCAAACACUUCUUAACUUCAACUCUCAACGCCGUCUCUUACUUACUGGUACCCCACUUCAAAAUAACUUGAUGGAGUUGUGGUCCCUUAUGCAUUUUUUGAUGCCGCAUGUGUUUCAGUCACAUAGGGAGUUCAAGGAAUGGUUUUCAAACCCAAUGACCGGUAUGAUUGAAGGUUCCCAAGAAUUCAAUGAAAAAAUUGUUCGACGUCUUCAUAAGGUCCUGCGUCCAUUCCUGCUUCGAAGAAUCAAAAAAGAUGUUGAAAAGCAAAUGCCAAAUAAAUACGAGCAUGUUGUUAGAUGCCAUCUGUCUAAGCGACAAAGGUUUCUUUAUGACGACUUUAUGUCCCGAGCAUCAACCAGGGAAACAUUAGCUGGUGGUCACUUCAUGAGUGUGAUUAACGUACUUAUGCAGUUAAGGAAGGUUUGCAAUCAUCCAAACUUAUUUGAAUCGCGACCAACUGUUUCUUCCUUCGUUACCACUCCUAUGACCGUGUGCUGCCCCACCAUCGUAGCCAAAGCAAUGGAAAAAUCUGUUUUUGAGACAGCUGAUCUUGAAUAUUUGAACCUCUACCUUCCAAACCUAUGUAAAGUUGCUUCAUAUAAUGUUGAGGAAAGAUAUGCGCUCAAAACUCCAAAGAAGUUAAUAGAAGAAUUGGAUUCGACUGAGGAAAAGAAAAUCGAGCCCUUAUCCCACCCUGCUAAUUUAAAUGAUCGGAUACGCUCAAUGGUGUUCGAACGCCUCUUUACAAGUCCCCACCCUUUACAACAGCAGAAAAAUGCGAGUUUGCUUGCCACGCGACCAGCAAGCAGGUCUGGCUCACCGACAUUGCUUCAACAGAAGCUGACCAGUGCUACCAAUGUGACCACAACAAAGUCCGUGGGCAAAUCUGAUACCACAGACAUCACCACAAGUAAAAGCAGUACCUCACAAUCCAUAACACUACAAUACCAAACUGCACAAGGAACACGAUGGGCCACAAUACCUAAUGGGCAGAUACGUCAUUUACCAGGUGGUGUGGUGCAAAUAGUAACCACAGGUGUACCAUCACGCAGUGCAACUCCAGUACCAACACAAGCUGCAUUACCCGCAACUGAUCGUGCAAGCGACACUACAGCAACUGUGGAGCGUGAUGCCUCAGGUUCAAAGAGGUUGCCAGCAGAAUCUUACUCGAAAAUGUUGGCACGUAUAAAAGCUUCAAAGCGAACGGAAACUCUUUCAAGGAUAGCACGCAUGAAUGAACAGCGUUGCUAUGCCAACCCAUCUUAUCUUCCAGCGAACACAAUUGAUCUGCUUUCAUCUAUCACAAAGCCAAGACAUGCUACAAAUGCAAACAUGGCAUAUUACUUCUGGAGGGAAUAUUACCCCACCCCUGAUAUAUCCACACCAACUCAUACCAAGCAGAAAUCAUUUAUUGAAAGUGAUUUGUUGCAACAGUUGGUCAAACUACCAUCCAGCAGGUUACUUGAGAUGCAGGAUGUAUUAAACAGAUUCACAUUCGUUGUCCCAAAAGUAACUUCCCCUUCCACAAAGUUCGUGGCCGCCCACCAAACUCCAUGGAAAUAUUAUUCCAUCACCACUUCCAUGAGCACCCUACGUCAAUGGUUGUCACGGAAACUUGUCCCCUACCACAGGAUAUUGCGCAACACCAGGGUUCAGUUCCCUGAGGUUCGACUCAUCGAAUAUGACUGUGGUAAGCUUCAAGUAUUGAACGUCCUCCUGCGAAGGUUUUGGGUUGAAAAGCAUCGGAUCCUCAUUUUUACUCAAAUGACGAGGGUCCUCGACAUACUAGAGGCUUUCCUCAGUUACCAUGGUUACCGAUACUUAAGAUUGGAUGGAUCAACUCCCAUUGAACAGAGAAUGGCCAGAAUGGAGAGGUUCAACAAUGAUCCUCGCAUCUUCUGCUUCAUCCUCUCCACCAGGAGCGGAGGUAUCGGGGUCAACCUCACUGGGGCCGACACCGUCGUGUUUUACGACAGUGAUUGGAACCCCACCAUGGAUGCACAGGCACAAGACAGGUGUCAUCGUAUUGGUCAAACACGCGAUGUGCAUAUCUACCGACUGAUAAGUGAGAGAACCGUGGAAGAGAAUAUACUGAAGAAGGCAAACCAGAAGAGGUUGCUUGGAGAGAUGGCAAUUGAAGGGGGAAGCUUUACCACUGCUUUCUUCAAAGAGCAAGCAUUGAAAGAUUUAUUCAAUGCUCCAUCUGGUUUGGAAGACCUGAAUGAACAACCAACCACACCAAGGCCGCUUACUGCUCGGCAAAAAGCAAUUGAAGCAUCCAAAACAGAGGGUGGUGAAAGUGAAAAAGAGAAGGAUAAUCUUGAAGUUGCUCUUUUGGAGACGGAGGACAAAGAAGACGCAGCAGCAGCGAAGAUGCUUAAAGAGGAGCAGGAUGCUGUUCUGGAGGAAUUCACAGAAGAGAAGGUGGAAGAAGAAGAUGAUGGAAUAAGUGAAAGAUUCAAGAUCCCGAAAGGAUCUCGUGUUGAAGAAGAGCUGAAGACGAUCUAUGAUGAGUUGAAUCCCAUUGAGCGAUAUGCUCUUCGAUUCCUGGAGCUCUCAGCGGAGGAACUUAAUGAUCUUGAACUCCAAGAAGCAGAGAGCCAAGUGGAGCAGUCAAAGAAAGAUUGGGAGCUGAGUCACUUGAUGGCUCUGAAGGAAGAGGAGGAAAUGAGGAUGGAUGAGGAAGAUGAGAUCUUCUACACACGAGAGGACUCCGAGGCUCAGACUUACAUCGACCAAUUAACUGGAGAGAUUAUGCCGCUAUGGUUACCACCCACCCCUCCACAUGAUGACACGGACAUCUACCAAGAUGAAACGAUGUGUCUGCUUUAUCUUCCUGUACCAAUGAUGGAGGAACAACUUCCUCCAGUGAUGAAACGGGAUCGGAAACGAAUUAAGAUGGAAACUGGCAUGCAAAGCCCACGGAAGAAAUUAUCACGAAUCGACAUCAACAUUCCAAAGUCUUUGUUCAAUCGUCCGCAUGUUAAUUUGAAGAAAAAAGAACCGAAAAUGAAAAUUAAACUUGCUCAUAAAACAAAAGCAAGCAUGCUAUCUGCUACUCCAUCUAAAGGAAACAUACCAGGCUUAAGCACAGCAUUGUCAGUGUCACCAAAAGAGAAUGGUGAGCUUGGUAAAGGUGGAGUGGAAAUGGGUUUGGAUUGGAUUAUAAAUGAAGACUGGGCAUUGCUACAGGCAGUACAACAAGUAUUAGACAUGUCACCAUCUCUUGCUGUAAUGAUGCCUGCACAUACUGCUAACUGGCAUCUUGUUGCUGAGAUGGUUAAUGCAGUUGGUUGUGUGUAUCGCUCCCCUAAACAAUGCAAAUAUCGGUACGAAAAUGUGAUUUCUAUGAGAGAGGACGGUAAAGGGCUCACUACUGAUGCUGCUACACCAAAGAAAAAAAUGAAAGUGGUGAAGCCAUUGAAGACCAAACCAAUGAAGAUGCAAAAGACGAAUUAUCUUUACAUCGCUGACACUAAUCUACAAUUCUCCACUCUCUAUUCUAACAGGUUUGAUGCUUGCAAAGUAAUUUGCAACAAGCGUAACCCACAACAGAAGAGCACGGCAGGUACAGGACAGUUUCAAAGGAAUCCAAAACACACAACCAUCUUACAGGACUGUGGGAUCGCUUACGACAAACCACUAUUGCCUAUGCAGGUGGCAGCAGCGCGUGCCAAGCGAAUCGCGUCACAAAAGAAACCGACCUCUGAGUUACUCGCCACCACUGCCAGCCAACCACAAUCUGUACAAAGUGUUCAACCAACCGUGUCAAUCACACCACAAGUUGGUCAUACUGUCAUUGUAACCAACGGCAACCAACUUGUUGCUAAGCAACCCAUGGUCCCUGGUUUGAGUCAAUUGACAGCCAUCCCAUUAUCAGGUGGUGGAAGCAACAUAGUGGUCAACAACUCUGCUUUUACACGUCGUGUCAACCAAUCACAAGCUGCUGCUAUAAGUCUACAGUCGCAGGGAACAAAGAUGGCUACUGGCAAGACCUCCGUGCCCUCCCUCACCCUGCGUACACUGACUGGUGCGCAACAACUACAAAUCCAACCACAAGGAUCCAAUGCACAGAUGUCGCUCAACUUCACAGGUGGUGGUCAAUCACCCAUGGUAACCAUAACGACAGCAGUGGCUGGUACAAGCACACCUUCUAUAAGACCUUCCGUUACUUACCCCAGCAGAGCGGGCACACAGGUUCAAAAGUUGACCACCAUGCAGCAGAUACGACAAGCCAACAAACAGCAAACUGUUACUCCAACAAAACACCAUGUGAAGCAGCUUCGGGUAACUCAACAACAACCUCAACAACAACAGCAUGGUGGAGUGUCAGCUUCUGUAACCAAGCCGUUAUUAGGAAAAACUGUGCAGCUGACAAAACAAGUCACGCCACAAGAGUUGAUGCUCAUGAAACGACGCACACAAUUGAAAGUGCAGCCACAGAUCCAGAUCGCACCCAUCAAUGCACAGAUACAAGCACAACAAGUACAAUCGUUAGCUGCCCAACAAGCCACACAAUCCAUCAUCACGACCAAACCACUUCCUAUCACUGUUCCUGUCACCAACCUUGUAUCGGGUGUCAACUUGAGCAGUUUAAACACCACAAGUUCAUCUCAACAGAAACCCAUGAUAGUAACUGGUGGACAGACCACACUGAACCAACAACAUCUUAUAUUCCAACAACAUCUGCUCAAACAACGACAAAUUCCUCAACAACAAGCACGACAGGUGAUUGCAUCGAAGCAACCGAAAGCAGUAUACGCACAACAGUUAGUUAGCGGCACACAAGGAGGUACAACAGUAAAGAUGCAAGCUCAAGUCCUCAACCAACUAAUGCAGCAACAACAGAAGCAAAGAAGAAGUUCUAACAAACAACAACAACAGCCUGUCACCCUAACUGUCACUAAACUUCUACAAAGUCAAAGUCCCGUUGGUACAACGCUUCGCCACACGCUGGUGCCUCAGAGCUCACAGAUGAACGCACAACAAAUCACACAGCUACCAAUAUCUGUAUCAACCGCCAUUGUAACUAGUGGUGCAGGUAACCAACAACAAAGAGUUAUUUCCCAACCAAGGCAACCACAACAGUUACCAAGGGUUCGACAGAUACACCAGAUGACCAGCCAACCAGGUUCCACACCACAGAUGAUCGUUGCAUCCACACCAAUUGCCAUGCAACGUCCACCAACUGUGGUUACAGUAAGCAACCAACAAACGAUGCAACUGCAAAAUCAACUUCUAUCCCAACAAGUUCACGUACGAAACCCAACACAAACUGUUCUCUCCCCCACUUCAAUCAACCUGCAGGUGAUCCCUUCUUCCCACCCUACCACACCACAAGCCCAGUCGCAUGAAGGUUCCCCAGCCACACAAGUUGUCACCUUAUCUACCACUGGUAGUCAAGAAACUCCAGGCCAGGAAAUUCAGUACACACUGCAACAGAAUGUACCGAGAUAGUUCCCCCUUUAAAACAGCCCUCAUUUUACCCUUGUAUAUAUUUAUUUUCUGAGAUCAUGAGCAUGAAUUUCUUAUUCGAUUUAUCACAAUAGAGAUAUUUUAGAUUUUGUUAAUACAUUCUCCUAUGUUAUA